GCAGUCUCAGGUGUUGCGGCUCCUUUGUUGGAGGCCCAGUUUCUGAUCCAACCCGGAGCUGUUUCUGCGACUGCGGGUUCUGGGGUGGGGGCAGUCUCUGGGCCUGGGGGCCGCUGAGGCGCUGUCCCUGACGAGGACGCGUCCGCUCCUCUCUGUCGCACGUGUCCUGGCUCUCCGCACCUCUCCAGCCCCUACACCUGGGCCUCCGUCUGCUCCCAGCCCGAAUCGGGUGUCCUGAGUAGCUUGAGGACACGGGGCUGGGCAUGUGCCAAGAACCCGCCGCCUCGCUCCCUCCUCCCGCUUCUCCCCGCCCAGGGCCACCUCGCCAGGUUAAGCCACUCGGCGCCCGAAGCGAGGAGCCUUCGGCGGCCUACGUGCGGUCGCCUGCCCUGCUUGCGCCCACGCCUUCUGCUCCAAUUGCUUUCCCAACCGAACAGAAAAGUUGGGGGCGUGUUGCCGGGUCCCAGGGAAGCAGGGUGCUUGGGCACUGUGCCUGAAGUCCGCCGCUGCGCCUUCCCGCCCACGCGCCAUCCGGUCAUGGUCCCUGAAGCCCCAGCCUGCCAGACCGGAGCCUACACUGACGUCAAGGGACACUGGGUUCCCUAGGAGCUGCCCCAGGCUUAAUGAUUGUCCAGAAGGUGGCUAUAAAGGGAGCCUGGGAGGCUGGGCGGAGGAGGGAGCAGAAACCGCCUAACUCAGCAGAUCGGGGCCCCGGGAGAGCCGCAGGCAGGCGCCGUGCUCAGAGGCUCCGCGUCCCGGCGGCAGGGCCGGCUCCCCCCCGCCAUGGCGGCGCGAGGCUACAGCUAUUACCGCUCUGUGAUCUUCUCGGCCAUGUUUGGCGGCUACAGCCUGUACUACUUCAACCGCAAGACCUUCUCCUUCGUCAUGCCGUCAUUGGUGGAGGAGAUCCCCCUGGACAAGGAUGCCCUGGGGCUCAUCACCAGCAGCCAGUCGGCAGCCUACGCCAUCAGCAAGUUCGUGAGUGGGGUGCUGUCUGACCGGAUGAGUGCCCGCUGGCUCUUCUCUUCCGGGCUGCUCCUGGUCGGCCUGGUCAACGUUGUCUUCUCCUGGAGCUCCACAGUACCUGUCUUCGCUGCUCUCUGGUUCCUCAAUGGCCUCGCACAGGGGCUGGGCUGGCCCCCAUGUGGCAAGGUCCUGCGGAAGUGGUUCGAGCCAUCUCAGUUUGGUACUUGGUGGGCCAUCCUAUCAACCAGCAUGAACCUGGCUGGAGGGCUGGGCCCCAUCCUGGCGACCAUCCUCGCCCAGAGCUACAGCUGGCGCAGCACACUGGCCCUGUCCGGGGCACUGUGCAUGGUUGUCUCCUUCCUUUGUCUCCUGCUCAUCUACAAUGAACCUGCUGAUGUUGGACUCCGCAACCUGGACCCCACCCCCUCCAAGGGCAAGAAGGGCUCCUUGAAGGAGGAGAGUACCUUACAGGAUCUGCUGCUGUCCCCCUACCUGUGGGUGCUCUCCACUGGCUACCUCGUGGUGUUCGGAGUAAAGACAUGCUGUACUGACUGGGGCCAGUUCUUCCUUAUCCAGGAGAAAGGACAGUCAGCCCUCGUGGGGAGCUCCUACAUGAGUGCCCUGGAGGUUGGGGGCCUUGUAGGCAGCAUCGCAGCUGGCUACCUGUCAGACCGGGCCAUGGCAAAGGCAGGGCUGUCCGUCUACGGGAACCCCCGCCAUGGCCUGCUACUGCUCAUGAUGGCUGGCAUGACGGUGUCCAUGUACCUCUUCCGGGUAACUGUGACCAGUGACUCCCACAAGGAUGUUGCUUUCUGGACUCCAGCUCUUCACCCUCUCGCUGAGCUCACAGGCUUUACGGAGAACGAGCUCUGGAUCCUGGUGUUGGGAGCUGUAUUUGGUUUCUCCUCUUACGGUCCCAUUGCCUUGUUUGGAGUUAUAGCCAACGAGAGCGCCCCCCCUAACUUGUGUGGCACAUCCCAUGCCAUUGUGGGGCUCAUGGCCAAUGUGGGCGGCUUUCUGGCUGGGUUGCCCUUCAGCAGCAUUGCCAAGCACUACAGCUGGAGCACAGCCUUCUGGGUGGCUGAAGUGAUCUGUGCGGCCAGCACAGGUGCCUUCUUCCUCCUACGAAACAUCCGCACCAAGAUGGGCCGAGCGCCCAAGAAGGCUGAGUGAAGUCAGCGCAGGCUCUGGAGCAUCCCGUCCCACCUGUGGCCUUUCCCCUCCACGAGGCGGGGGAGGGAGAGAGGGGGCUGCUCUGGCUAGCACUGAAUCUUUGACUUUCCCUUUCUGCGCCAUUUCCCUUGGUGGUGCUGGAAGUUCAGUGGCUAAUGAGGUCCCAGCUCCCCAUCCAAUUUCUAUUUAAAAGACAACCUUUGUUCUUGGACUUCAUUAGCUCCUAUUUCCUGCCUUCAAACAGGAAACCCCUGCACUCAGGGAGUCUCCUGGGCCCUGCCCUAUCCCCAUCCCACCCCAUCCCCACCUGAGGUGAGGCUUCUCCUGCAGCAGCAGGGCAGCAAUGGGCCAUGACGUCUGCCCGAACGCUCUCAGCAGGGGGCAACUGCUACUGCCCAUACCUUGGACAGCAGGGGAAGAGGGGAGAUACCACUCUCACCAAUACCCUGGGUACAGUAGAGGGUAUGGGUGGGAGGAUACAAAGACUUGUCAUAGAAAACUAAAACUAGAUUUGAUACUAAACACUGUUACUAAUUCUUUCAAAAGGGGUAAUACAAGCCAGAGAUGGCUUUCUUUGGGAAAUACUCCCUUAAAACCUGCUUCUUCCACCCAAGAGAGAGACUUCAUUUCCCUGGAAUGGGAAUGUUGAGGUAUGGAUGGACUCCUUUAACCUCAUGUCUCCCCUGCCUUCAACUUCACACUGUUUAAAUCAGUGAAUGUUUUGGAGAUGAAGCUACUGGGUUUCAGGCGGGUUAAAUAACUUGAUGGAGGGAGACAACAGAACACCCACUGACAGUGUAGUCAGAAAGCCUGGGUUCCAACCCAGUCUGCUGAUAACUAGAUUAAGACUUUGAGGCAGAGUUUGUACCUUACUAAAUCUCAUCUGUAACAGACAUAGAAUGUACAUCCCCCUCCCCCCUCCAAGGUAAGGGUGAGGAUUUAAUGAGAUAAAGCAGUAAAAACCCAGCUGUAAGCACUUGAUAAAUGUUCCAUCAUCAUUUUCAUUGUCAUCAUCACCACCACACCCACCCCCUAGGAAGUCAGGAGCAAUUCUGGAACUAGGUCCAAGGCUCUUGAUUCAAAGUCCCAUGUUCAUUCAUUCACUUAAUGAACACAUAUUUGUUUUGUUUUCUACUAGAACAUAGUUAUCUCAUCUUCCCAGAAUUCCCUUAACAUUCCUGUCUCCCAUCCUGAGCCUUUCCCCCCAAACCAUCAAUUAGGAUAGCAAACACUGAGAUCAAAGGAAUGUUUAUUACAGAAUUUAUGGGCCUACCUCCUCCAUAAAUAAUCUGUACAGAGUUGGGAAGUAGGACCAUGAUAGACACAGGAGAGAAGAGAGCAUGGUAUUAAGGCUCAGGGAUCAGUACACGUUCAGGCUCAGCAUCCUCCCAUUUUCAAGUGCACUAGCAAGGCUGCUGGGACCUCUAUCCGAGUGGAAACAGCACAACCCCUGCAGCAGGAUGUCUCAGAUUUUGAGGGGCCUACUGCAGGUUCAGCCUAUGACCCAGGUCCAAAAGUUCCAGCCUUCUCUGCCACCUCCAGGGCUAACUUCAGGUUCUGGUCAAACAGCUCACACCUAGGCCGGCCCCAGGGGGCACAAAUAAGGACAAAGUGUGAGGCCUGAGGCUCUCUCCACUUUGGGUGCAGAAGCAGAGCCAGUGGAAAUUCUGCUUGAAGAAGGACAUGAACCCCAAGGGAAGUCUUUGGUUUUCAAAAAAAAAUAAAUAACUAAAAGGCUA